AGAAGAGUUUCGUGUUUUUUUCACAAAGCUAUUCGGAGAUGGCGGAGCACUUAGCAUCUAUAUUCGGAACAGAGAAGGAUCGAGUGAAUUGUCCUUUCUACUUCAAAAUCGGCGCUUGCCGUCACGGUGAUCGAUGCUCGCGUCUCCACACCAAGCCAAGCAUCAGCCCUACGCUUCUCCUUUCGAACAUGUAUCAGCGUCCCGAUAUGAUCACACCUGGUGUUGAUGUUCAUGGUAACCCUAUCGAUCCCCGUAAGAUUCAGGAACACUUCGAGGACUUUUAUGAAGAUCUGUUUGAGGAGCUGAACAAAUAUGGUGAGAUUGAGAGUUUGAACAUCUGUGACAAUCUCUCUGACCAUAUGGUUGGUAAUGUGUAUGUGCAGUUUCGAGAAGAAGAGCAAGCAGGAUAUGCGCUUCGCAAUCUUCAAGGAAGAUUCUAUGCAGGUCGUCCAAUCAUUGUUGACUUCUCUCCUGUCACUGACUUCCGUGAAGCUACUUGUCGACAGUAUGAGGAAGAUACUUGCAAACGUGGUGGAUACUGCAACUUUAUGCACCUUAAAAGCAUUAGCAGGGGAUUGAGGAGGCAGUUAUAUGGAAGAUACAAGAACAGGCAUAGUCAUAGCAGAAGUAGGAGCCCUUACAGGCAUCGUAGUCAUGAAGAUCGCUCUCAUGAAAGGCGUAGCCGCAGUAGAAGGCACGAGGAUGAUGAUGAUGAUAGUGAGAGCCGUACCAGGAGUAGAAGACACAGGAGCAAUAGUCCUCACCACAGAAGAGGAAGGAGGAGUACGAGCAGAAGUAGAAGUCCUGGUGGAAGGAGACAGAGAAGUCCUGUUAGGGAAGGGAGUGAGGAAAGACGUGCCAAGAUUGAGCAAUGGAACAGGGAGAAAGAAGAGCAGGAAAAUGCAAUAAACAGGGGAAAUGAAAAUUGCAGUGAUGGGCACAUGAAGAAGGAAGACUAUCAUCAGGAGGGUCCUUGCAACAAGAAGGCUGUGGAUACCACUAAGUAUAUCUGGUCAGUGCAAAUUUUCCUUCCGAUACAUCUCGUCAAUGUUAUAUAGGUAGAUUUCAGUUAGGUAUUAGUGUGUUACAUCAUUCAAUACACAUAGCUCACAGCCCAUUUUCCGCUGUGCAGGUUUGUGCAGGGUCAGAUACUCUGUGAUUAAAAUUAAUUAGUUUGCUUAGUUACAUUGAUUGGUUGCUGACAAUUUCUCUUGGGAAACUCAUGUAUGUGGUAUUAUUAGUAGUCCUUGCAUGUGCUUGCUUGCUUGAUUGCCCUGCUAUAGUGUGAACCACCCUUACCUUGUGUGGUGCAUUUGUGAAACCGUUCUAAAAAGCUUCAAGGUUUUAAUAUGCUCGGUUCUGUAAUUAGGUACUAACAAAGAAUGCAUUUCUCUGUGGUUUCUUGGGUUGGUUCAUACUUCACUUGUAGUCAUUGUGUUUAUUGCUCAGUUUGUUUAUGAAUUGGAUGUAGUACUGUAGAACUUUGUUUGUUGCUCAUAGUCAUAGUGUCAUUGAGUUGAUCAUUGUGUGUGUUUGUUCUGUUCCGGUGUGAGUUAUAUGUAGUGCAUGUAGAACUUUGUUUGUUACAGUCAGGGCAAUAUGACGAGUGCAAGUUGGGAAUAGAGCGAAUGCAACCAUAAGUCUCUGUAUUGGUUCUGGUCAUCUAAUCUCCCAACUCUUACUUUUCCCCCAUCUCUCUCUCUCUGGCUUUGGUUUUUUUGUAUGCUUACGGUUUUGUGAAGAUUUUUGCAGGUUCAGGUUUGGCCUUAUAGGAAUGAUAGGUGCGUAAAAAAAGGUUUGUUAACAAUCUGCGGAAUUUGUUUUACAGGUUUUAAUGGUGGCUUGAAGAUUUGUGUUUAAAAAGAUAUGCAGAUGCUAGGUCUUGUGGAUUCAAACUUUGUUUCAGACAGGUCUGAUGGUGGCUUGAAGAUUUGUUUUUUGUCUUUUGUGUUUUCAAUUUUCAGACUUGUUCUUGGCUUUGUAUGGAUAAUAUUUGUACGUUGGAAAGUUUAGUAUGAUUUAUAAAUGCAUAAACUAUGUCCAAAAUCCAACA